AUGUCUUCUAACAUAUAUUUAACAUAGACUUAAAUUCAUGAUUUGUUUUAGCUUUGUGAAACAAAAAAAACUGAAGUUAAAACAUUAGAAAUACCCUCAUUUGGAGAUGUAAAUUCAAGUCAAUAAUCGCCUGAAUUCCAGUAGGAAGUAAAUGAAUUAUUAUUAUAAUUGAAGGCAUACUAUUUUCUGUCUAGUUGCAAAAAAGAUGAAAAUUACACUACAAAUCCUACAAAUAACACUAAUCGUCACUUAAGUUAAGAUUCUAUUAUAGAGUUGAAAGAUGAUACAGUUAAAAGUAUAUAAUAAUGUAUAUAUAGUUCAGUAUCGAAGUCUGAAUAUGAAAGUUUGAAGAGAGAUGCUUAAAACUAUUAGACUUUGAUGAAAUUGAAUGAUAAAUUGAAGGCUCAUAAAUAACUUAUUAAUCAGGCCAAUUCUUACCGAUGUAUAAUUGGUUGUUAUUAAAAAUUAGCUUAGAUAUAUGUAGAAUAAGAGUGUAAUAAAAAAUUACAGGGACACAUUUAUGAACUAAUUUAGAAUAUUAAAAUGUUGGAAGGCGAGAAUUAAUAGUUUUCGGAAGAUUUAUUAAUACUGAGAUUAUAAAUAUAGGAUUAAUUAAAAAUAAUUCAGCAAGGAAAGAUUGAUAUGGAAAGAUUAAAAAUAUUAAUGAUUGAAAAAGAUGAAAAUUUGAUAAAAUUAUAAGAUAAAUACAAAAAACUUUUGAAUGAGACCUAGAGAACAAAGAAUUCUAAAAGUGCUUAGAGAAGUACAUAUGUUUCUACUCAUACUUCGAGUCCUUUAUUCAAAGGUUUAUCUAGAAUUUGUCUAAAUAAUUACUGUAACACAAGUUUUGUGAGUGAAAAAUAGCGAUGA